CAUUUAACAUACGAAUAAUUAAUAUUUGUUUGUUUUAUAAAAUGUCGCACACUAUUUCUGAUAGAAACAAAUUCAGAAAGACCGAUGAAGAAAGAGUAAUAAAAAAUGUAAAAGAGGAUUAUUUAAUUUGCAGUAUCUGUAUAGACCAGUUUGUGGAUCCACGUGUUUUACCGUGUGGACACAGUUUUUGCUUAACAUGUUUAACGGAAUAUAUUGAUAAGUCUGCGAACGAAGAAGAAUUCGCCUGUCCUAUAGAUAGACAAAGUAUGCAAAAACCUUUUGGAAUGAAAGACUCAAAACGAUGGGCACAGUACUAUCCACCAGCAACCUUUUUACGAACACUUGUUAAAGCUGUUGAAGUCCACGAAGGAACGGUACCAACUUGCAGACGACAUCACGGAAGGCCACGUGAGUUUUAUUGUGCAACAGAUGAUGUAUUAGUCUGUUCCGAAUGUGCAGUGAACGAACAUCGAUCAGAAAACUGUGACUGCACUACGCUUAAUGAUAUAUACAAAAGACGAAAAGACGAUAUUCAAAUACUUCAUAGUGCACUCAGUGGUCAGGAAUCCUGUGUUCAUCAGUUGAUAACCGAUCAGUAUAGAUUAAGGGAACUUUUCUUGGAAAGCAAAUCGAGUGUCAAGUGUGAACUAGAUAUGGUCAGAGAUCGGUUGUCUGUGUUUUAUGAAAGCACUUCACGGGCAUUAGAUGAAUUGUCCGAAGAAAUUGACAAAUCGGAAUUUACUAGAUACAAUUUAGAAGCUCAGCUAGAUUCUUUCUCUAAAGAUAUUUCAGAAAUGAAAGAUGAACUAAAAGACCUUAAACCGAGUAUUGAUUUUAUGGACAUUUUACAGAGAAUAGAAUCAAAAGUGGAUUAUUAUGGUUCUGAACUUGAAGACAUUUCAUCUUUCCUAAAGGAAUUUGAAAAAUCAGAAUGUGCGCGCAUAGAAUUUGUCCCUAAUACUUCUUUCAUGGGAAUAUUAGAUGAAUAUUCUGUUGGAUCUAUUGUAAACCACAGUGAUAAUUAAUGUUAACACAUUUCCCCUUGUUUCUCACUUUCUUCUUUUGUAUGUUAAUCCUGGAUACAUGACUUGUAUAUACUAUGCAUAAAAGAAGGCUAUUAUUUAUACGGACUAUAUUAUGUCUCACUGUUAAUUUAUCUAUAAAUUGUAGCUAUUCGUAAAAAUAACAACACUAACACAGAUUAUACUUGUUUACAAUAAAUAACAACACUAACACAGAUUAUACUUGUUUACAAUAAAUAACAACACUAA